AUGCCGCCAUCAUGUUACUGCUUGCUUUCAGCCUGCUAUGUGUUCUUGAUUACUUGCUCAUACACUGCAUUUUUUUGUAUAUUCUGCAGGGCGGAUGAUGAACCUGUUGAUCCAAAACGGCACAUUGAGGACAAUUGCAAACCAAAAUGUGUAAAAAGCUGGGUUGAUUAUGGGGUAACUUCCCGAAUAAUCUCUGCAGAUUUGGAGCUCAAGAUCGUUCAUAUUUGUUUUUAGUAUGGCACGAGAUAUAAUGUUCUACUUGUAGUACGUCCUCCAUAAUAUAAAUGUUUUAAUACUUACUGUGUAUUUGAUAGUGUUAACUUCGUUUUUUCUCUUGCCAUGAAGCUCGAGCAUGCUCUCUGGUAAGAUUAACUUUGAAUUUUGUGAAGGUAGAUCCAUUUAGUGAUCUUGUUUUACGUGCUGGAGGAGGAAAAUGUUGAGUGAUUCUGAUCGCAACGUUUUCCCUUGUUUCUUGACGGAGAAACUUUCAAAGAGAAAAUGUUAAUUAUGCUUUGGAUAAUUCAAAAAUGGUUGUGUUACUCCCUUAGAAUUGGAUAUUAAAAAAUGAAACCUGAGAGCUUCUAUUUGUUCCUGAUGGUCGCCGUUUUUCCCUUCCGUGUUUCAAAAAUAUUAAUCUCAGCUUUUAUCUACAAUGAUCGCAGAAAUGCAUUCAGAGGAUCAAAGAUGAUAACACGGGCCACAAGCACUGUACUGGGCAGUACUUUGAUUACUGGUCGUGUGUUGACCAAUGUGUGAGUGACUUUCCUUUUAUCAAUUUUGUCCUAGUGGGCUCCUAUCAAUUUUGACCCUACCCUUCAAAAUCGUCUUCUAAGCGCAGGUCGCUCCCAAGCUAUUCAGGAAGCUGAACUGA